AUGGUAGGUGACUUUAACGCUCAAGUAGGGAAGCUGAGUCAGUCGGAAAGACAUCUUGGAGGUAUCUACGGAAUACCAUGCCAACGAAAUGACAACGGUGGUCGUCAGUUGCAAUUUUGUCACGACAAUCACAUGUUUCUGGUCAGCCAUAACUGUAAACAUAUGGAGAGACACUGUCUCACAUGGUGUCCACCAACUUCAAAUCAACGAAGGACACAGAGAGAUCAUUUUGCUAUUGCCGUUGUUGAAGAGGAUUGGUGGAGAAUUGCCGCUGUUUCUGGAGUACCAGUUCGAACUCCGAUCACGCGCUGAUACGUGCUCGUGCAUGUCUGCGUCUUACGGGUUGCAGCAGCGUAGCCUGUCUGUGUGCAACUGUAAAAUGAGAACAUGAAGCAUACAGUCGUGUAAGGGUUUAUGGAGAGUUUUCAUGUGAAUCGAUGACAACUAGUGGUAUCCCCCAGGGAUGCUGCCUAUCAACGUUCCUGUUUCGUUCCUUUAUAGAUGUACUAGUGGACAUAACCUUAGGUUCAUCUGGC